CACAGAGUUUUCUCUAGAAUCAGGUGACACAUUAAAAGUCUGUAGUGAUUAUUCAUAAUCGAAACUUGUUGGCUAGAUUAAGAAAAGACAUUGAAGUCCAAAACCUUUGAAGACAGGAGGGACUGCAUUUGAAUUAUAGAGAGAUGGAUGUGGGGCCAUUUAGCAGGAAACAGUGGGCAUCACGGUCUUUACGGAUCACAGCCAAAGAGCUCUCAUUGGUUGGGAGCCGUGGAAAGAACAAUGCCAUCACUGAGCGCUUUUCCAAAUAUCAGAAGGCCGCUGAGGAAGCAAGUUCAGAGAAGAAAAAAUCUUCUGUUGACAGUGCGCCUCUGUCCCUGCGAUCAGGAAACCUGAGUGUACUGAAGAAACGCUGGGAACAGACACAUCAGGAGAAAUCUGCUCCUCAGCUGAGCGUGGCACCUGUAAGCCUGACUGCUCGGUCUGCUUCCUGCAAACCCAGCAAUCCUCAAGAACCACCUGCUUCCUCCAGCAAGCUCAUGCGACAGCCCAGCCUGACUCAAGAGUCAACCUCCCAUGAAAGACCUGCAAAAAUAAAGGAAGACAUGGAGACUAAACCAAAGAAGUGUGUAAAAGAGGAGGCAGAAAGUACGACUACAUCCGAUCCAUGUUCCCCUGCGGAGAAACCGGCCCUGCCCCUCAAAAACCUCAAAAUGAUGUAUGAAAAGGACAAAAGCAAGGUGCAAACAGAAGUGAACAGCAGCUCAGAGGAUGUGGACACACAAAAAGAAAACAAAGGUACGCCCAGUCUGAAGCGCAGCAACUCUAUCAGGGACAGGAUGGCGAAAUAUCAAUUAGCGGUCACCAGACAGACUUCUUUUACUGUGCCACGCUCUGCAAAUCAGUCAGAAACAGAGGAAAGUGUUCCCUCCAUGGGUCAUAAGGAGAUUUCGCCACCUGCUGGUGAUGAACAGAUAGUGAAAACACUCCCUGAGUCAAACUGCACAAAGAUCAAUGGAGAGAAUGUACACACAUCGAGUCCUAGUGGGGCAGCUCCUGUAUCAGAGAACAAGGAGCCUCCUAAAGUGGCCAGGAAAUUUCAUCGGCCUGUCCAUGAAAGAUGUGUGUCCUGCCUAAAGGCUGUUUACCCAGUGGAGAAACUUGUUGCCAAUCAGCAGAUUUACCACAAGACUUGCUUCCGCUGUGCCUUUUGUAGUACCAAACUCAGUUUGGGGACUUAUGCUUCCCUACAUGGUGACAUCUACUGUAAACCUCACUUCAGCCAGCUAUUCAAGUCUAAGGGCAACUAUGAUGAGGGCUUUGGCCAUCGACCACACAAGGAAAUGUGGACACCACGGACAAACGAGGAGGAACCUGAGAGAGAUGAAAACUCAAAGCCCUUUGUGGAAGACUCUGUCUUAGUGAAGCCUACAGAACAGUUGAGCCAUAAAGUGGAGGAGCCACAACUGGCCAAAUUCACUGACCUCACUGCAGCUCUAGAGACAAAAAGUCAAACCAGCUCAACCAGCUCCAUGGAAAAACCACAAACCCCUUCUGUAGAAACAAGAAAACUGAGAGUUGCGUGGCCACCUCCUGCAGACAGUGAUAGAAGCUCCAAAGUCUCCAGUCCAGCCACUGAAGGUGGAAAGGGUUCAUCCAAGCUUUUCAGAGCAAAGUGGCCUCCAGGGGAGGAAGCUCCACCUGUUCAGCAGAGCCCUGAAAAAGCAGAACUGAAAAGUCUUCGACGUAGUUCCUCACUCAAAGAGCGGAGCCGUCCCUUUUCUGUGGCACCAAGCUUGGCAUUAUCCAAUGUCACAAAACAAGAGUCACAAUUGUCUCACAAGGUUGCUUUGGUCAGACGAGGCUCACUGAAGGAGCUUCGUUCAUGGUCAAAAGUGGAAACAGACAAAACUGAAGUGCAAGAAGAGGCAAGAAUCCCAGAUGAAAAGACAAAGGACAGUGAAAGCCAAUCCAAGGAGAAUGUUGAAAGUCCUGCUAAACUUGAUAGGGCAGAAAAGAUGCCCCCCUCUGUUCUCAAACAGACACAGCAAACAAAAAAUGAAGCUGGUCUACAACAAACAAAUAAAGAGUCUCAGACUCAACUAACAAAGAAGGAGCCUGAGCUACAAAAACAUGAGGUUCCGACAGGCCAUGCGGAAGAUGAGGGAAAACCAGUGAAAUGCUUAAGCACUUCUCCUGAGCUCCAGUCUUCCCAAGACACAUGCUCUCCAACUGUGGAAGAAAAAGCCCAUAGGAAAUCGCAGGAUGUGGGCUUCUGGGAUGGCGAGGAGGCUGAGGAGUCCCUGACUGUAGAGGAGAUGAUCAAGAGAAAUCGCUACUAUGAAGAUGAAGAAGACGAGGAGGAGGAGGUGGCAAUAGUUUGACAAUAUAUGUCAUCAAUCCCUUCCAAUUAUUUACUCUGAAAAUACAACUGGUAUAAAUUCAACAUAAUAAAAAAACAAGUACUUUAUUAUAUUUUAACCAAGUACUAUGGUACUGUACAUCUUUUUCUUUAAAAUUCUUUCUUGGAACUUGGAGCUAUCGCUAUAUUUUGUAUUUUGUUCUUUGCCAUCCAUGUUUUCUUUUGGUUGCUGUAAAAAAAAAAAAAAUGACUUGUUUACAAAAUGUUUUAAAAAUCACUAUUAUUGUCUAUUAAUCUAAGAAUAUUUUGUGUUGAUCCCAAUUAACAAAUUUCCUCUCUAAUUCUCAGCCUUUGACAGUUUAAUCAAUAAGGAUAACAGCCAAACACAUUUUUGCUUACACUUCUAGUCCGUACUUUAAAAACUUUUUCACUGUUUUAAUGAUUAUUGAGCAUAUUGAGAUUAUUGAGCAAGUACACAAUAAACAUUAUUUCACUGAAAUUGUGGAUGUAAGGUGCAUAAUUUCAGUUUUUUGUUGAAUGAUAAAUGUUAAAGUCAUUGAGCAUUUUACAUGUAAUUAUAACUAAAGAUAUCACCUUUUUUGUCAACACAGUUAUAUGAAGCUUAUAAAACCUCAUAUGCCCCUUUAUAAUAUUGCCAUCUAGUGCUGUGCUUGAGUUCACCUUAGUCAAUUCUAAAGCAAGACCUGAAGUCUGAGUCAACACUGUGACCAAAACAAGGUGAACUGAACUCAUAACUGAGACUAUAACCUCUGCAAGGUUGGAUUUUGGCCAUGAAUGUAAAUUCAAAUGGCUCUUUACCAUAAACUACAAAUGAUUCACAGAACCCAUAUCACACAUGGCUUGCAUCAUGUUCAAGACAUUGAUGAUUGCAUACAGAACAUCCAGGCUCUGCACCCUCCUACCUCCACUCGCUCUUACAAAUCUGCAUCCAGUACCGUUUCUAGGCAUAGGCAAGCUAGAUGGUCGCCUAGGUCGCCACCAGCUGAAGGGGCACCAAUGAGCGCACGUACUGGUAUCAUACUUUUUAAUCAUAUUUUUGAGGCAUGUUAUGGUCAGGGAGGGUACUGUCAAGCUUAACAACUCAACCCUGUCAUAUAAAAUUAAGAUGGACAAUUAUUACUUUUACAACAUUUUAUUUUCAUUCAUAAGUAUAUUCAAUGUGUUUAUUUUAUUGCUGCCAUAUAUAGUCUACUCUCCUAUGCUACAUGAGCAGCAGUGGCCACAACCCCGUCACACUCAACCCCAUCACAAAUAUACGUAUUUCUCAUUGUUGCAGGGUUGUAAACUUGUGACAGAGUUGAGUUAUUUGCUUCAUUUAUUAAUAAUUUUAAUGAAAAAAUAUAAAAGCUAUGGUUUCAGUAAAUAUAUAUACUCCAAAAUCAUGACAACUCAUAUUUUUGUUUUAAAUAUAAUUUUUGACAUAAUAUGUCCACUUAAACGUGGACAAGCAUCAUACAUCACAAAUUGUGCCCACAUUUGCAGCAGAAAGACAAUGUUGGCCAUGCAGAUAUGUAGACCCAGAAACAAGGGGACAAUAUGAGAGAGAAACAAAACCAAAAAUGUAAAUUUAAGGCAAUGUAUCCCUUCAAAUGUGUUACAGUCUUCAACCCCAUUAGUUAAAAUUUUUAAUUAAAAAUGACUGUAGACACACAAUUUGUGUAUUUUUAGCUUCAGUCCUAAAAAAUGUGAAAAUGAUGAUAAAUGUUACAUUUGUUAUCAUUAAAUUGUUAUCAGGGACACAAGAGGAGUAGGUAGAUGUUUGUUUUAUAACGAUUUCUGUGUAAAAUCCUUUUUAAACCAAUCCCAUUUUGUCCGUUACGGGGUUGAGGGGGAAAAAUAUGGAAUUAGAUUUGUGCCAAAUAAAAUGAAUGUAAUUUUUCAAGAAACGUAUGAAAAUAUCAAGUGAAACUGAAUAAAAUGUCUUUGAAACUAAAAAAUAAAUAAAUUACAGGCAAAAUCU